AUGGCCAAUUUCGUCACCCGUGCCGCCCUCUUGGUGGCACUGGCAGCGCCCACAGUUUUCGCACAGGACGCCGACAUCAAGUGCAGUUCUGGAAGUCCUUGCCCAAAAGAUAAGCCAUGUUGUUCACAAUACGGUAGCUGCGGUGUUGGCGCUUACUGUCUCGGCGGCUGCGACCCCGUCAGCUCAUUCUCACUCAACGCCUGCGUGCCUAUGCCCGUGUGCCAGCCAUUCGACCAGGACAGCUUCAACAAUCUGGACGGCUUCGUCAAGCAGGACGAAUACUUGGGCGAUCCCACAGACGGAGCAUGGGUCUACUCUGGCGAGCCAGUCACGAGCAAUGGCGAGCUGUGGUUGACUAUGGCUGAUGGAACAGUCGGCACUCUUAUCAAGAGCACAACUGCCAUGUGGUACGGCACAUUCGAAGCCUCGAUUCGGACAUCACCAGGUGCUGGUGUGGUCACCGCGUUUAUUGCCCUCGGUGAUUCAAAGGACGAAAUCGAUUUCGAAUUUGUGGGUUCGCAACACCUGUCGGCGCAGACAAACUUCUACAGUCAAGGUGUUACCAAUUACAACAACGGCAAGAACAUCACCGGCCAAACAGACAUCACCGCCGAUUUCCACGACUACAAGAUCGACUGGGAGCCAGACACCAUUACUUGGUACAUUGAUGGCAAGGAAGUCCGAUCUCUCGACCGCGAGUCGACAUGGAACUCCACCGCCGGCUUCUACUCAUACCCACAAACUCCCUGCCAAAUUCAACUCUCACUCUGGCCCGCCGGUCUCCCAUCUAACGGCGAAGGCACCAUCGAGUGGGGUGGCGGUCUCGUCGACUGGAACUCUCCCGACAUGACCAACGGCUACUACCACGCCGACUUCAAGAACAUCAAGACUACCUGCGCGGCGACCCCAUCUGGCGCCAAUGUGACUGGGAAAACAUCCUAUGUCUUCAACGACCGCUCCAUGACAAACCAGAGCGUGGCCAUCACCAACAAUCCCACCGUGCUGGGCUCCUUCCAGGCAUCUGGUCUCGAUAUGGAUUUCGGCAAGUCGCAGGAGAAGAACACCACCGGUUCCAUCCCAGGUCAGAGCGGUGGCGGUCCCAGUGCUGCUGGACCAGUAGACAACGGUGACGGUGGUUCUUCUACCAGCGAUAGUGGCGAUGGCAGUUCUGGCACCUCCCCCUCGGGCAGUGCCAGCACUGGCUUCGUCCAGGGCAAUGGUGGGAUGAACAAUGGUGCGUCGUCAACGCAAAUUGCACCGGAGCAGAUCAUGCAGGGGAGCCUGUUUGCUGCGUUGGUCGCUAUCGUUGGAUUGUGCGUGUUGUAA